GCUAUCCUAGUUUUGAACGAAAUUUCCCUUUAGUAAGUAUUAAAACCCUACACCCCAAUUCACCUCAAUUCCCCUUCAAUCUGACCACCAUGUCUGAAUCAUCACAAGACCAACAAGGUGUUGAUUAUUCUGCACUAUCACCAAGGUACUCUCCCUCUUCUGUCUCUCCCUAUUGGAUUUCUGAUCAAUCCAAUGAACAAGAAUACUACUACGAUUCAAAACGCCGUCGUAAAACCGAAAACCCAGAUCGAAUUAGCGCUUUACCUGAUUCCUUAAUCCUUCAAAUCCUUUCUUUUUUACGUAUGAAAGAAGUUAUACGUACUGGAAUUUUAUCAAAAAGAUGGCACCUUUUAUGGACUUCAGCACAUACCCUAGUUUUCAGGUAUUCAGGUCAAUCUAAUCAUGGGGUUACUCAAUUUGUAACGUUUAUUGAUGAUACUUUGCUUCAAUGCCAGCCUAGUAAAUUGAACAAAUUUUCAGUUGAUUUUCAUUAUAACACGCGUUUUGUUAGGCAUGUUAAUAAAUGGAUGGUUUUUGUUAAGAAUAAAUCUGUUGAGGUACUUGAUUUGUAUUUAAGGACAAGGGGUUUGGAUCAGCUUUAUAGUUUGCCACAGGUUAUGUACUCGAACGCGUGUUUAAGGGAAUUGAGUUUGUGUAAUUGUAAUCUUGUACCGAAAGAGGAGAUUAAUUGGCCUUUGCUUAGGGUUUUAGAUAUUAGGUAUGCUAAAUUGAAGAGAGAUGUUGUUAGGAAGAUUUGUUCUGGAUGUCCUGUUUUGGAAUCUCUCAAGUUUAGUAUGUGUCGCGGGGUUGGUGAUUUUGAUAUUGAUUCGAAAAGUGUGAAGAAGUUGGUGAUCAGUGGAUAUUGGGAAAAAGAACGUGAAGAUAGUGAUGACGAUGAUGAUGAUGGUGAUGAUGAUGCUGAGCUGGUGAUAUAUGCUUGGAAUAUUACUUCGCUGGAGAUUAGGGGCUGUUUUCAUAAAAAAAUUCUUACUCUUCGGAAUGUACAAUCUCUAGUCGAUGCUAAGCUAGAUUUCUAUAGGAAGACAGAUGAUUACGUAGGUGAUGAAAGUGAUUAUGAUACUGAUGGGAAUAUGUUAAAAGAUCUCCUUGUAUCACUCCAGCAUGUUGAAAAACUCUCCAUUGGAACAUGGUGUCUGCAGGUUCUUACUCUAUUGGAGCUUAGAAACUCGUCAUGCCCUCGGAUGAGAUGCAAAUAUUUGACUUUGAACACCCAUAUGACGAAAUGGGAGCUUCCUGGGAUAUCAAUCCUUCUACAAAGUUGUCCACAGGUCGAGAUCUUGAACAUAAUCACGGACCCCUAUUUCCCAGAGUAUCAUUUUGGGUUGUCUUUUAAGCAUUCUAAUAACUUUUCUGGAGAAAAUUACUGGAUAUCAAGACCUUGUUGGGUGCUGCAUCUCAAGACUUUGAGAAUUGAAGGCAUCUGGAUAGAUGAGAAUUACUAUUUUGAGCACAUCUUUUCGUUUCUGCAAGUUGUUCUAAAGAACGCAAUGGUGCUUGUGAAAAUCAUCAUUGAUGGCUUCGAAGACGGAACAUAUAACAGCCUCAUGCACUAUAGAAGAGUUACAGAAAAGUUGCUGAGCUUUCCGAGGUCUUCAAGGGAUGCUGUUAUUUUGUUCUCUGGUUGAAAAGUAAGAGUAAAUGUAACAAUAUGUGGUGUUAGUAAUUACCAAAACGUGCUUCUGAAAGAUAGUUGCUUUUUCUUUAGGCUCAAUGCUCGUGUAUUUAAGUGUUUUUUUUUUGGUUAGAGUCAAUUGAACUACGGCUCAAAUCCAUCUAGCCAGUGAUAAAUUUUAGUAGUAUUCAUUUGCAAAUA